UACUAUCCACCUCAAAGCCUCUGCCUCCUUUACCUAAUUGUCGCACGCAAGAACUUCGCUGAUAAUGUCUCUUGACACUGCCUAUGCCGCAGAAACGCGAGUCCCGGGAAUCUUUCUCGGACUCAUCCUCCCAGCUAGCUUAGCUGCACCUUUUGUCCUAGGACGACUCUCCACACGAGCAAUCAUCACGAGAAACUGGGGAACAGACGACACUGUCAUCUGCAUAUCAUGGAUACUCAGCAUCGCUGGUGUAAUCCUCGGCAGUCUCCUCACAAAGUACGGCUUCGGGCAUCACACCAUGUUUUUCAAAGUCUCGUGGAUAGCACCCACGGGAAAGCUCACUUUCUUAGGAGGCAUCCUAUUCCAGACUGUAGUUUGCUUCACCAAACUCGGGAUGUGCCUGUCAUAUCUUCGGAUCUUUGAGGACCGUCGCAGCCGCGUACUUCUGCUCUCGAUCAUGGCAUUCUUGGUUGCGUCUGGUAUUACCACUGUAUGUAUGAUCGUGUUCAGAUGCAGUCCGGUUUCAGCUCAGUGGAUGCCACAGCUUGGGAGUUGUAUGCAACAUAGCUGCUGAUAUCAUGCUGAUGGCUUUUGCUAUCCCGCGAGUUCUUGCUCUACAACUGCCUUUGAAACCAAAGGUCAUUCUUCUGGUAGUUGCUAGUCUUGGGGUGCUGGUAAUUGCUGCUUCUAUCGCUCGAUGUGAGAGCUAUAUCACAAUUCAGGCGAACCCUGACCCUACGUGGAAUGGAAUCGAUGGCUCAACCUGGGGCGUCGUCGAAAUGCAAACGGGUCUCUUCUGCGCCUGUGCGCCUUGCAUUCGACCCUUG